AAAAAUAUCUCUAUCCAAUAGUAUUUCACUACCUAGUUUAAAUCGCAUUCUCUAUAAUACGUUACCAUAUUCCCCAAAUUACCCUUAGCUAUGACCAUAGUCGCUGGCUCGCUGCAAAAAGUGAAAGGGGUAUAUAGGUAAAAAAGGAUAAAUUAACAGAGAGAGGAAGGGCUUUGGCGUGGAAGCUCAGCUUUUCUCCGAGUCGGGAAAAUGUCUUUUUCUCGAAAGAAUAAAUCUUUUUCUCUUCUCUCUGUGUUACCCUCUUGAAAUUUUCCGCGAAAAAUCUCAACUUUUCCAUCUGAAAACCCCCCAAAAUCAAACAAUUGGAUCUUGAUUUUUAGCUGUGAUUUAGUGAUUAAGAGGCUUAGGGUUUGUGGCGAAAUGUUGGUACAGAGAAGAGUAAUGAGUUGGAGAAGAGUCUGGAAGUCGUUUCAAGCGGCUUCUGCGCAUUGUUUACUCUUCUCCUUCACGCUUCUUCUCGCUUUGAAGCUUGAUCAUGUUGUUUCUCAUUCAUGGUGGUCAGUUUUUUUCUUCUUCUUCUUAAAGUUUCCGUCUUUGGUGGCUUGACUUCUGUUUUGUAUUGUGAAAUGUUUGAAUUGAUCGAUUGGAUUCUCAAUUAUGCAAAUUCUCUUCUUGUAAAAUUGGAUUUUUUUUUGUCUUAAAGUUAAACUCUUUCUUAGGUUUAUCACUUUGAAUCUUUGGUGAUGUAUAAAGUAGAAGUAGUAUCUUCAAUACCAUCCUUAAAGGUUAAGACUUUGAUGUGGAUAGCUUUCACUCUUCUUUAAGUAUGUGUUGUUUUGUCUGUUUUUACAGGUUUGUAUUUGCACCCUUGUGGUUGUUUCAUGCUGUGAUUGCUCGUGGUAGAUUUUCAUUGCCUGCUCCAUCAAUGCCUCAUGAUCGACAUUGGGCUCCUUUUCACUCGGUUAUGGCAACACCACUUCUUGUUGCUUUUGAGAUCCUUCUCUGUGUACAUCUUGAAGAUAAAUAUGUUGUUGACUUAAAGAUUGUCUUUCUACCGUUGCUUGCAUUUGAGGUAGCAAUUUUGAUAGAUAAUGUCAGAAUGUGCAGGACGCUCAUGCCUGGAGAUGAAGAAACUAUGAGUGAUGAAGCCAUAUGGGAAACACUUCCUGUAAUCAAAGCUCGACAACAUUUCUGGGUUUCCAUAUCUAUGGUUUUCUUCAUUGCCGCAACAACCUUCACUCUUCUUAAAUUAUGUGGUGACGUAGCUGCGUUGGGAUGGUGGGACUUAUUUAUAAACUUCGGAAUAGCAGAGUGCUUUGCGUUUCUUGUCUGUACAAAGUGGAGCAAUCAGUCAAUUCAUAGGUAUUCACAUAUACCGGAACCUAGCUCAUCUUCAAUGGUAGUAAGAUAUCUGGAUUGGAACAGAGGUCUAGUAGUAACCGCUGACGACGAGCAUCAGCAAAGCAACAGAAUAUGUGGUCUCCAAGAUAUUGGUGGACAUGUUAUGAAAAUUCCAUUUGUGACCUUUCAAAUCAUCCUUUUCAUGCGCUUAGAGGGAACGCCAGCUUCUGCCAAAAACAUUCCGAUUUUAGUUCUGUUUGUACCUCUUUUUCUGUUACAAGGAGCUGGGGUACUUUUUGCUAUGUAUAGAUUGGUUGAGAAAUCAGUCUUAUUAAUAAAUAGUGGUAGUGGUUCUUAUGGAAGAUAUUUUACCGCAACAUCAUCAGCUCGUGAAUUCCUGGGAUUCUUUCAACAUGGUGCAAGAUUACUUGGCUGGUGGUCUAUCGAUGAAGGAAGUCGGGAAGAACAAGCAAGGCUCUACUCUGGAGAAGCUACUGGAUACAACACCUUCUCACCAGAGGUUGUGAAGAAAAUGCCAAAGUCUGAUCUUGUUGAAGAGAUAUGGAGACUUCAAGCUGCAUUGAGUGAGCAAACAGAUAUCACCAGUUAUAGCCAGCAAGAGUACGAAAGGCUUCAAAACGAGAAGAUUCUUUGUAGAGUUUGCUUUGAAGAUCCGAUCAACGUGGUUCUACUCCCAUGUAGACAUCACGUCCUCUGCAGUACAUGCUGCGAGAAAUGCAAGAAAUGUCCGAUUUGUCGUGUCCUGAUCGAGGAGCGUAUGCCUGUAUACGAUGUGUAGAUUUCAGAGCUCCAAUCCAGAAAUGAAGAAUACAUUUCUUGCUUGUUUGGUUUUGUUUUAGUAAUGAAGCAAGCACUAUAUAUAUAUAUGUUACAACUUGCAUAGGAAAAAUUCUGAUUCGUUUUCGAGUGGAUGUAAAUAAUACUGUAAACCAUCGUAUAUGUCAUGAAUCUUCUUUCUCUCUUUUUUUUUUUUUGAUCAUACAAUUUGCAAAGAUUCAUACAAGUG